AUGUUUUACGUAAUUGAAAAGGCAGGCGGCGUUUGCAAUUUCAUUUGCGCGUUGAUGAAACGAGCUAAAGAAGUCGAUCCCGACGACAACCUUUUACCGCCAUCUCAAAGAUGUAGUUACGAAUGUGAUAAAAAUCCCACGGGCAUUGAGUCGUUCGUUCGAUUCGAGAUUUUUUUGGGACCAUCACAUCCUUUGGACGUUGGCAGGCCCUACCCAACCUUCCGCGUCAAACACACAUCGAAAGGGAAACAAACGCGUAGGAAAUGGUAUGAAAAAGGAAAACCUAAAGAAGUCGAUCCCGACGACAACCUUUUACCGCCAUCUCAAAGAUGUAGUUACGAAUGUGAUAAAAAUCCCACGGGUCCUCUCGACAGGAAAAAGCUCAUAGAACACAUAAAUAAACAAGCUUUGGAAACGCCCGAUAAACCCGAGCUCAAACCUUUCGUACCGGGAGUCAUAAGGGGGAAAAAGUGGGUGCCACCUCCGCCAUCCGCCGAACAGGUUAACCUCGAAGAAAAAAUUAGCAUCGAUUUAGGAGAUGAAUACGAGCAAGCAUUGGCGGACGCGACGCAAGAAGAAAUUAUCGAUUUGGCAGCCAUUCUCGGAUUUCAUUCGAUGAUGAAUCAAGAUCAAUAUCACGCAUCGCUUUUAAACAAAGGUCAACCAGUGGGAUUAGGUUGGGACGGCAUAACAAAAGCGUCAAAAUUAAAAUUUUAUCCGCAGGAUCCUCCGAACACGACGGACGUUGAUAAAACAAUCGAACAAGUCAAAUCGGACGAUUCGACUUUAACCAACCUCAACUGGAACAACAUAAAAAAUAUAUCGGAUGAAAAAUUUGAACAGUUAUUCGAAGCACUCAAAGGUAAUACUUAUUUGGAAAUAUUAAGUCUGACUAACGUAGGAAUGACGGAUCACGUGGCGAUGCAAUUAGCCGAAGCACUCGAACAAAAUAAAACUCUUAGAGUUGUCAACAUCGAGACGAAUUUCAUAAGUCCACCGAUCAUAGUUAAAUUAAUAAAAAGUUUAUUGAAGACGAAAACGGUCGAAGAAUUCAGAGCGUCGAAUCAGAGGAGUCAAGUACUCGGUAAUAAAAUAGAAAUGGAAAUAACAAAUUUGGUCGAGCAAAAUCCCACAUUGCUAAGGCUCGGUUUGCACCUGGAAUACAACGAUGCGAGACAUCGGGUUGCUAAUCACCUUCAGAGAAACAUCGACAGAAGCGCGUUUAAAUCUCACGAAUUUAAAAUAAAAUGA